UCUAACCUCGAUUUUUUGAAUUCAAAUCAGAGAUUCAAAUGUUUAUUUAACAAACAUUUAAAAUCGAGCUUUUAUAAGCAUGUCCCAACAGAAAUCGAAAAAAUCAACACCGUGGUUUCGUUGCGAGAAGUGCGAGGCUUACAUUUCACACAGAGACGUGGAAAAUCAUGACGGUUUCUGUCCUCCGGAGACCCGUUUAGUUCAGCAUGCCUACAUCUAUAAAGGCCGCUUAUGUGGUAUCGUUGAUAUUAAACCUACUGAAGAUAUUAAGAAUUUAAGUAGUAGAGAAAUAGAUAGUUUGGUCUUUCUUAGUCAAGAUGCCAUGCAGCUUUGUUCAUUUUCAAUUGGCGAAUCUGUUAUUGUAGAGUCGUCAUGUGAAGAAAUUCCUCCUAUUGUACAGAAAGUCUGGCCAACGAAUGAAAAAUCAUUAACGUCGAUUUUACUAACCAAAAACGCACUUGAGACCCAUGGAUUUACAUCAAACGAUAUAGGCUUUCUAACAAAAUUACUAAAUUCGCCUAAACUUAUAAGGGAGGCAGCUGAAAUAAGUGUUGUUGUCAUAAAUGGACCGAAAUCUUUAGAAAUAAACUCCGAACUAAAUAACAGACUCUCUAAGUCUUAUGUAUCUUAUUAUUUUACACCUGGUAACUACAUAAGCAUUAUGUAUUAUGGGAAUUUGCUAAAAUUUCAAAUAAAAUAUAUAAGUGAAAGACUGACCGAAGCAGUAGAGGAUAUAUUUGAUAAUAUAUCUAUAUUAGAUGAUAUAAAGUUCUAUCUUGUUGGAAAUCAAACUAAAUGGAAAAUAUAUAAAAACCAAGAAGAUUAUAAAGAAAAAACUAGCACUAAAAAAUCCUCUACCCAAGUUUAUGGUUUGUCAUCUCAAUCUAACGAAAUUACCGAUAUGAUGAACGUAAGCCUAGGCAAAGGAACUCACACACAAAAUUUUAAAUGCAAAUCAGUACUUCUCUACGGUAAUUCAGGCACAGGCAAAACUAGCCUAGCUAGACAUCUAGCCAAUAGUUCAGGCGCAAAUGUGGUAGAAAUAUGUCCUUCUUAUCUGUAUAAUAACAGUUCAGUUAGUCCCGAAGAAGUAGUUAAAGAGAAUUUUGACAGAGCUGUCGAAAAUACACCUAGCAUUAUUAUUUUAGAUGAAAUAGAUAUAUUGUGCCCUACAAGAACUGGUAGAUUAUCUGAGACGGAAAAAAAGAUUGUAUCGGCGAUUUUGACUUGUUUAGAUAAUAUUUGGACAAAUGAUAGAUUGAAAGUAUUUGUCAUAGCUACAACUAAUAAAAUCGAUAGUAUUGAUCCAUCUUUAAGAAGAUGUGGAAGGCUGGACAGAGAGAUCGAAAUUCCAACUCCAGAUCCUAACCAACGAAAACUCAUUCUUACCUAUCUAUUAUCAACUUCUAAAUCUAAUCUAAAAACGUCUCAUUUUGAGGAAAUAGCUAGGAUAACUCAUGGCUUUGUUGGAGCUGAUUUGGUCUCUCUUUGCUCACAAGCAAGUCUAUUAUGUAACAGAAGAAUUUCGGACAGCCUAGAGUUUGAGGAUUUUAAGAUGGCCUUAAGGACAGUUAGGCCUAGUGCCAUGAGGGAAAUCGAAAUAGAAAUACCAAACGUAAAAUGGUGUGAUAUAGGAGGUCAGGAUAACCUCAAAUUGAUUCUAAAACAGGCCGUCGAGUGGCCUUUGAAGUAUGCCAGUAGUUUUGUGAGGUUGGGAGUUUCACCACCAAGAGGUGUAUUGAUGUACGGGCCGCCAGGGUGUUCCAAAACUAUGAUCGCCAAGGCGUUAGCUACAGAAAGUGGGCUCAAUUUUCUUAGCAUUAAAGGUCCGGAGUUGUUUAGUAAGUGGGUUGGCGAUUCUGAGAAAGCUGUCAGGGAAGUCUUUCGCAAAGCCAGACAAGUGGCGCCAUCUAUAGUAUUUUUUGACGAAAUUGACGCGUUGGGUGGUGAACGGAGUUCAGGCUCAUCAACCAGUGUACAAGACCGGGUUCUAGCCCAACUUCUCACUGAGUUAGACGGUGUCACUCCAUUAGGCAACGUUACUAUCCUAGCAGCCACUAACAGGCCGGAUAGGAUAGAUAAAGCACUUUUAAGACCAGGAAGGCUAGACAGAAUCGUCUAUGUGCCGUUGCCAGACAACCAAACAAGGAGGGAAAUAUUUAGAAUCAAAUUAUCUAAAAUGCCAACAAAAGAUGUUAAUAUUGAAUAUUUAGUUACAAAAACAGAGAACUACUCAGGCGCUGAAGUCAAUGCUGUCUGUCAUGAAGCCGCCAUGAUGGCUUUAGAAGAAAAUAUCGAGAUUGAAUACGUAGAUAAUAAACAUUUUGAUAAAGCUUUAACGCUGAUUCAACCGAGAACGCCAGAAAGUUUAAUCAAACUAUACGAAGAAUAUGCUAAAAUUAAAAUUUAAGAUCAAAUUUACUGAAAUAGGUUUGUUUUUUUAAGAUUUUUUCUAGUUUGAUCAAUCUUUCUUAUAAAAAGUUGAUUAUUUAUAAAGGUUGUUAAUGUUCGAUUACGUUAAGGAAAAAGUAAAUAAAAUAAG